CAAGAAGACUGAGACAGCAGUUUCUUCACUUUUUGGACAUCAUCCACCUUUGCAUCUGAGGUUUCUCCAUCAACACUCAGGAUGUGGAGAGUUCUCCUGACUGUCAGUGUGCUCUGCUGGAACUCCAAAGGCGACGUGACCUGCAGAAACAACAAGGAUGAAGGAGUGGACUGGUACAUCAUAUACAAGGCACCAAGGCAAGCAGGCUAUCGUCUUACUGGUUUAGAGUAUAUUUACAUUGAUUCUACUAUGAAGACGAUGGAGACCUAUACAUCUGGAAAGCUCAUCAAUGAUUCUGAUGGUGUCCUGGCAAACACCCUGCGGCCGCUUUUAAAACAAGUCACAUCGAUGGAGUUGUGAUGGUGGAAAAACACAAAACUGGAGUGUGGCUCUCACACAGCACACCACGGUUCCCUUUCAGAAGAGAUCAAAAUAAUUUCUGGC